UAAUAUUAACAAUGUGUGCAACGAGUAUUCGUAAAACGCGCGCGUUUUGAUAACAAUUGGCGUUUAUUUAUAUGUAUUUUUUUUUUUUCACUUUUUCCCAACAACUUUUGUGUUUUGAUUUUUCGGUCGGCGGGAAAAAUAUCGUCGACGCUGCUUUGUGUGUGUGUGUGCGCGUGUAUUUAUGUUGUUUUUUUUCGCACGGUGCGUGUAAUGAAGGGAACGGCCGUCGACAAUCUGUAUAAUAGUUUGUCAGUGUAUCAAUUUCAGCCGCCGUCGACGCGACCCCGCAGCAACGACCAACGGCCGCCGCCGUCGUCGCACGUCCAUCAGAUGCGCUUGUGUUAGCAGUGAAAAUUCCCGACAACCGCCGCCGCUCAAUGUACAGACCAACGCACAAUACCAAUCUGCAAUAUGACUUGAAAGUGGGCUAUAAUGAUAAUCAUCAAAGAACCAUGGCAAUGAACGGGGAAAUUCCUAGCGUGCCUAUAACGACAUUGGCAGGCAUAUCAAGUCUAACAGACAUGUUGCCUGAAAUGCCUUUGCCGUCUCCGAUACCUCAGACCUUAGGUAAUAAAUCCCUGUUGUUUCAUCCGCGUGUGGCCGAAGAAGCAGAUAUAUUACUCAGCUUACGCGACGAUGGCCUCGUACCCCAACUAAUUCAGUCGUUAAUUAAUACCUCGUCAGAUCAUAUACAAUUGAAAGACAAGUACAUGUAUACAGAGCACUAUGGCAAUCAACAAAAUAUACCCGAACUCUUGAGAGCUAUACUACAACAAAAUGCAAAUGUAUUUAGAGGACCUAUACACAAUUCCCAACAUCUACAAGAUCCAGAUAUUGCAGCAAAAACACAACAUGAAAUGAAUAUUAUUAAUAGCAUUGCAUCAGGGUUAUCGAAACAACAUCAAGAAAUGCAGCAACAACACCAGCAGCAGCAAAUGCAGCAGCAGCAGCAUCUGCAACAGCAUCAGCAUCACCAACAACAACACCAUCACGACUUACUGGAGCACUCGCAAAUCCUUAAUCAAUUGCAGCCGCACCAUCAGCCUGUAAUCGUAAAGUCGCCUGCUUCUAAACUCCCUAGAAUAACCAUUGAUAGCGAUGCAGAAAAAAUGUUAGCGGACGUUGGUAUUUCCGAAAGUGAUAAUGCCAGUGUUCAAAAGUUGGAACAUGAAUUUUCUCAAAUAACGAAUAACUAUGACGUAUUUAUGAAUCAACCGACUAUUACGUUAACCCGACUAGAUCUCAAUGAACAUGUUAUUAGUAAAGAGACUUUACUCAAUAUGGAUGAAUUAACAGAAGAAAACGAUUUCGGAUUAUCCUUCCCCGAUAAAAUAUCAAACAUUAAUCAAGACAAAAGAUCCGUAUUAAGUAAAGAAGAAAAUGAUGUUGAUUAUAGCGAUUCGUUAACGGAAAGAAUCAAAAGAAGAAAAAGAAUUGCUCAACAAUCAGACGAUAAAAAUAAUGUUGACGAAAACGAAUAUACGAUAAAGCCAAAAAUACGAAAAAUAGAAAGAAAACUCGUACCCAUUAUAGAAAAGUUAUCUGUAGAAGAACUAAUGGAAACCAAUACAUAUCAGAGGUUUAAUAAAUGCAUAGAAAAAGUUUUCGAAAGUACAGAAGAGGGCGAUAAUAUAUUAGAUUUUGGUGAAGAUGAUGCGCCUCCAGAAUCUUUGAUACCGAAAUAUGUGUUGCAAGAUCUCUGUAGCGAAUCGGCUAAACUUAAAACAUUAGGCGCUAUGGAAUCGAUACCGUCCAACAAAAUAAUUCGUUUGUUGAGUAUAUUGGAGAAAAACAUUAGAGACGGCGUCAAAGUUUCACCAAUUGCUGAUCCGGAAGACGACGAGUGUGAAAGAAAACUAUGGAUGGAACUGGCCAUGGAAAGAGUGAUGCGUGCAGUUGACGCAUCAUUGACUACUCUUUACGUUUUGACUUCGCCAAAAAUGCAAAAGAAAGUCUACUUGGAAGAUGUCAUCGACAGAGUGGUCAUGUUUACUAAAUAUCAAUUGCACAAUACAAUAUACCCAGCGUUUGACCCGGUUUACAGGAUACAGAAAAGUAAAGACAGCUACGCGGGAAGCGCUCGAAAAAAACGAGCACAUCCAAAAGAAGUCCGUGACAAAAAUGUGUUAUCGUUGUACACAAAAUUGGCCGAAGUAGUUUCUCUAUUAGCCGAGCUUUUGCAAAUACAGACCCUAACCGACACGGCUGUUCUUCAUACAUCCUCAAUGGCGGUUUCCCCAUUCUUUGUUGAAGAAAUAAGUGAACUCCAGUUAUCUGCGUUAAAACUCGUUACAACGAUAUUUACUAAAUACGACAAACACAGGAAACUACUCUUGGACGAUAUACUUGCCUCUAUGGCAAGGCUACCAAGUUCAAAGCGUAGUUUAAAAUCGUAUAGGAUAAGCUCAGAAGAAUAUAUUCAAAUGUUGUCGGCUCUUGUCUUACAACUCAUCCAAUGCGUGGUCGUGUUGCCAUCAAAUUUGGCCGACAAACAGUGCAACCAUGAUCCAGAUACGUUGAUUGUUAACAAAUUCAAAACCGCUCGUACGACAGCGUCCAAUUUCUUGCAUGUAUUUUUGUCGAAAUGCAGCAGCAAAAACGAAGAAAUUGAUUACCGUCCAAUAUUCGAAAAUUUCAUCCAAGAUCUGUUGACUACCGUGAACAAACCUGAAUGGCCUGCAUCUGAACUCUUACUGAGUGUACUCGGAAGGUUGCUCGUCACCAAUUUUGUCAACAAAAAUCUUGACAUGUCCCUGAGAGUUGCGUCUCUUGAUUAUCUGGGUGUAGUAGCUGCGAGACUUCGAAAGGACUCGGUUACGUCUCAUCUUCGAUUAAAAACAAUUGACAGUAUAAUCAUGGACAUCAGGACGGAAGAACUUAAAGACGAAGACGGCAAUUUAAUUGAAGAACCUCAGGAAGUAAAAAAUGACGAAGAGAGGACGCAGUUUUUGCAAAGAGUACUCCUGGAUUAUCUGGCCAUAAGGAGUUUAUCGGAACCAGCGUUAAGGCACGCUAGGCAUUUUUAUUUGGCUCAAUGGUACCAAGAUAAUACAGACGCCGGUAAAUCGUCAUCAAAUUCCUUGUCGAAAAGAAAAAAGAAAAAUUCCAGGAAAAAAUUUGGUUCAGACGAUGAAGAUGGUGGCGAUACAAGCGAUUCCGGCAACGAAAUUGAGGCCCAAAAAGAUGAACACAAAGCCGCAGAAAAUGCUAAAGUUUGCGAGUUGAGAAAAGAGUACUUACUGACCAAAAUAAAUCCCUACGAUGAUCAAUCGACACAAGUCAUGCAGACGUACAUUGAUUACGAUAGUGCUGAGCUAGUGGCCAGGUAUUUGGCAUCGAAAAGACCAUUUUCCCAAAGUUUUGACACAUACCUAAAACAUAUCAUUAAGGUUUUGACGGAGACCUCGGUGAACAUACGAACAAAAGCAAUGAAAUGUUUGACCAUGAUCGUUGAAGUCGAUCCCGGCGUACUAGGAUUAAAAGAAAUGCAUCUGGGCGUUAGCCAUUCCUUCCUGGAUCACUCGACAUCGGUCAGAGAAGCGGCUGUCGACCUCGUUGGCAAGUUUGUUCUCAGUAGACCGGAGCUAAUUGACAAGUAUUAUGACAAGUUAUCCGAACGAAUUUUGGACACCGGUGUCAGUGUACGAAAGCGAGUGAUCAAAAUAAUGAAAGACAUAUGCACUGAGUGUCCGGACUACCCAAAAAUUCCCGAGAUAUGCGUGAAAAUGAUCCGGCGAGUAAACGAUGAAGACGGCAUCAAGAAGCUGGUCAUGGAGGUGUUCCAGAACAUGUGGUUCACUCCCGUACGGGAAAAACCGACGCUCGAUACGAAAGGCCUGUUGCGUAAGGUGUUGAAUAUCACCGAUGUGGUGGCCGCUUCCAAAGACUUGGGGUUGGAAUGGUUCGAACAGCUGCUGUUGAGUUUAUUCAAGCCUAAAGAAGACAAAGACGACGUGGCCAAGGUUGUGACUGAACCUCCAAAAGCCUUGCUUACCGCUUGCAAGCAGAUAGUUGAUUGUUUGGUAGAGAACGUCGUGACUUUGGACGGCGGCGGAGGAGGAACAUCGCAGCAGCUCGUAGCCUGUCUGACUACGCUGUACUUAUUUGCCAAAAUUCGUCCUCAGCUUUUAGCAAAUCAUUCUCUCACCCUUCAACCUUAUUUGAGUUUGAAAUGUCAGACCCAAGGAGAUUAUCAAAUAAUCAGUUGCGUUGCCCGAACACUAGAACUGGUUGUACCUCUAAUCGAACAUCCCAGUGAAAUAUUUUUGUCACAGCUUGAAGAGGACGCAGUCAAGCUCAUAAUGAAACACGACCAAACCGUUAUUUUGAGUUGUAUAUCUUGUCUCGGGUCUGUCGUUAAUAAUGUGACCAGAAAUUUCAAGCUAAUAAGAGAUUGCUUCGGAAUCUAUUACAAAUAUUUGGGUAAUUUCCAAAAGUUGCAUCAAGACCAACAAACAAAUCCUCAAGCAUUGAUACCGUUGAGACCAAUUUUUCGUCGAUCCAUCUACAUUGUCGGUUUGAUGUUGAGGUUUUUCGAUUUCUCCGAAAAGGAAGUCUACGGUGACACUUAUCCCGAAAACAUCAAAGACCUCGUAUACGAUAUGAUGUCCUAUUUUAUGCAUGCCAGAGAAGAAGACACCAAAUUGUUUGCUCUAAAGGCGAUUGGAUCGAUUUGCAUAAGGCAUUACGAUUUCAUGUUGUGUCAAGAUUUAAUGAAUGUUUACCUUGAAAUCCUGUCCAACGACAACGCUUCGACCACAAUGAAAACUCAAAUUUUGAACAAUAUCGAAGUGUAUCUGGAAGAAGAAGAAAAACGAAUGAUUAAACAGGAUUUAGAAUGGUCGAAAAUGUCAAAAAAAGAAAAUCUUAAAGAGAUGGGCGAUGUUUCUUCCGGAAUGGCCAGUACCGUAAUUCAGUUGUAUUUGAAAGGGAUAUUAAAUUCUUUUUUGCACACUGGAGUCCAAGUACGGCAAGCCGUGCUCAAAGUGAUACAACUGAUUUUAGCACAAGGUCUUGUGCAUCCUGUCCAGAUAGUGCCUUAUUUGAUCUGUAUGAGUACCGACUUGGAAAAGACAGUCAGCGGCCGUGCCGACAAACACUUACAGGAGAUCGAAAAGAAAUAUCCUGGUUUCAUUCACAUGGGCGCUCAAAGCGGCAUCAAAUUGUCUUUCCAGCUACAAAGUAUCGUCCAGCCCAACGGAGAAAUGGUCCGUGGUUAUCGGCUGAAAGACAAUGAUACUAUUCCCAGUGCGUUGAACGGAUGCCUUUACUCUAUACUCCGAACGAAACAACAGAGGAGAGCUUUGGUUCUGUCCAUUCUAAAACAAUUUGAGGAUCAAGGGAAAACUAAUUUAGCCCAAUUAUUGUAUUUGGCCGACAACUUGGCGUAUUUUCCUUUUCAAUCGCAAGACGAACCCCUGUUUAUCAUACAUCACAUCAAUACAAUUAUAUCCGUUAACGGAACAAAUUUACUUCAGACUUUUAGAGAGGGUCUCCUUCCUAAUCCUAAUGCGCCAGUUCAGCAUUAUAAACCUGAAGGCGCAGUAGAAGACGAAGACGACGAAGAUGAAAACACUCUGUUGGAAAGAGUCCCGGACGACAUAAGCGCUCUGCAAGAAGUCCUAAUUAAAUCUCAAGGUUGUCUCCUGCUUAUAGUCUUAAAACAAUAUCUGAAAACUAUUUAUGGGAUAACAGAUUUAAAAAUCACUCAAUACUCUCCGUCGGAAUCUAGUAAAAUGUACGACAAGAACUUGAGCAGGAAGUCGAAUACAAAGUUCAAUCCUAAAGCGACGAUUCAAAAACUACAAAACGGAAUGGAAAUCAACACCCACGAUUUGGACAAGGCCAAACAAGAAUUGAUCUCUUACUAUUUAGAGCUCAAACAUUUGAUUAUAAAUCUCGAUCCGGACGAUGAAGAAAACGAAGAUCUGGAAAGAACUCCCAAAAAUUUGAAAAGCGUUCCCUCGACUCCAAGCAAUCAUAUCAGUACGCCCCUGCCGCAAACUCCGUCUACACCAAACCAUGUAGAUUCGUCGAACGUGUCAUACGAGUCGCCAGAGUACCAAAAACAAAAUAACGUGCAAUCAACACCAAAGGUUCCUAAGCUGACGAUCAUACCGCCAAAGGCUCCGUCUUCCAAACAUUCUCAUCAUUCGCACCGAUCGCACAAAUCGAAAAAAUCCGAUCGUCCCAAGAAACACCACCACAAACGGAAGAAGGCCAAGGCCGGCGGCAGUUCCGAAGACAGCGAUAACGUCUUCAGCGAUCCCGAUUUCUUAGUAUGAUACCAGGUACCUUGUUGUAGUAAAUUAUUUAUUCUGUGGAUAGGAUUUAUUUUGUUGUAAAGGUUUUUUUUUUUUUUGU